AUGCUCACUAUUACUCUCCUCGUCCUCGCGUUGGCCGCCACCGGCCUUUCACAAGCACCAGAAGGUUACCGUGCGGUCUACAUAACAUCUGCGCAGGACACCAAAUUCGUCGUCGUACCCAAAUCGCGAACUGCAGGAGCAACCCUGGUAGUGCAAAGGACUACAUCUACUCCAGAGCAAUCAUGGUAUAUCAAGGCGCCCAACAACGCUACGUCCAUUCAACUCGCAUCCACCACUCUCUGCAUGGAUGCUGGGCCUAAGUCCGGUUGGAAAGACAUGGCUAACAUCUACCUCCGCGAAUGCGUAGCGGGAAGCGAACAGCAGACCUGGAACGCCAUGUCCGAUGGACGUAUUGCUCUCGUCGCUAGCAGCGGUACCCAGCAGUGUGUUGAUUUACAAUAUCUGAGGGCUACGCAGAACAACCCUGUCGGAUUGUACAACUGUGCAGGGUUGGGAAACACGGGAGCAGCGGAUAAGGGUAUCAACUGGCCAUUGAAGAAUGCUACUGUUGUGUAG